UCUCCCUCACUCUCUCCUCUCUUCACUACCAAGGAGCUUUGGAGAGCCUCCCAAGAACAAACCUAUAUAUAAACAUUGGUUGAGUGAAACUUGAAUGAACUUGUACAAGGAUUUGUUCUGUCUGUGUUCAGAGACGUAGCUUUCUGCUCAAUCACCAGGCCAUUUAAAAGUUUAAAGAAGAUUCUUUCCGUUCGGCAAAAGUAGAUCAACCUCACCAACCAAAAUGGAGCUUCAGAAGAUAAACGGACACAGCAGGGAUGAUGGGUUUGAUGGACUCGAUGCUUUGGCAGAACAUGAAGAGUUUCUCCCCCAUAAAACUGGCGUAAAAAAAGAACUCCACUUCACAGAUUUCGAGGGAAAGACUUCAUUUGGCAUGUCCAUCUUUAACCUCAGUAACGCCAUAAUGGGCAGCGGAAUUCUGGGAUUGGCUUAUGCGAUGUCCAACACUGGAAUCAUUCUUUUUCUAAUCCUGUUAGUCUUCAUCGCUGUUCUGUCUGCAUAUUCAAUUCAUCUGCUGCUGAGAAGUGCUGGAGUUGUGGGCAUCCGGGCGUAUGAACAACUUGGGAAUCGGGCUUUCGGCCCUCCAGGGAAAAUGCUGGCUGCCUGCAUCAUUACGGUCCACAAUAUUGGAGCAAUGUCCAGCUAUCUCUUCAUCGUAAAAUCUGAGCUCCCACUGGUUAUUCAAGCUUUCCUCGGUAAACAUGAAAACACGGGAGAGUGGUUCUUGAAUGGAAACUACUUGAUCAUCAUAGUUAGUGCUCUCAUCAUCCUCCCUCUAGCACUCAUGAAACAACUUGGUUACCUUGGCUAUACAAGUGGCUUCUCUCUGUCCUGCAUGGUGUUUUUCCUCAUUUCGGUUAUAUACAAGAAAUUCAACAUCCCUUGUCCGCUGGAUGAUGAACAUGAUAACAUAACUCAUAUUGCUGACCACUUCCACGAACAUAACAGCACAGAUGACUUCUGUGAGGCCAAGAUGUUUACCAUCAACCCUCAGACAGCGUACACCAUUCCCAUCCUGGCUUUCGCCUUUGUUUGCCAUCCAGAGGUGCUACCAAUCUACACUGAGCUGCGAGAUGCCACCAAGAAACGCAUGCAGAACGUUGCCAACAUCUCCAUAAUGGCCAUGUUUGUCAUGUACCUACUGACUGCUCUGUUCGGUUACCUCACCUUUUUCGGUGCUGUGGAGUCCGAGCUGCUCCACACCUACAGUCGCGUGGACCCGCUGGAUGUCCUGGUUCUCUGUGUCCGUCUGGCUGUGCUGGUGGCUGUAACUCUGACUGUCCCUGUGGUUCUCUUCCCAAUUCGCAGGGCCUUGCUUCAGAUCUUGUUCCCUGACAAACCUUUCCACUGGGCCCGACACAUCGCCAUUGCAUUUUGUCUCAUCUUCCUGGUCAACCUACUAGUAAUAUUUGUGCCCUCUAUCCGUGACAUCUUCGGCCUAAUUGGAGCCACAUCCGCCCCAAGCCUAAUUUUCAUCCUACCUGGAAUCUUCUACGUCCGGAUUGUUCCUGAAGACCAAGAGCCUAUGAAGUCAAGACCUAAGAUUCAGGCCGCGUGCUUCGCUGCAUUGGGAUUCAUUUUCAUGAUCAUGAGUUUGUCAUUUAUUAUCACUGACUGGGUGACUGGAGAGUCCCGAAGUGGAGGUGGGCACUAGCUGCCAUGACUGAAAAGAGGUACUACAAGCAGAAUGUGAACCAAAACUCUCCCUCUUAUUAAAUUACCCCGAUCUGCAAAGUCCUCAUCCUAAAGCCGAACAGGAAAGUUUGGCUACACAAGGCGGAGAAUAUGUGAAGGACCUUCACCUACUUAAAAAAAAAGGAAAUAUUUCAACAUGUGAUGGGGCAGAAAAACAUCAUCCUGUAACGGAGGAGAGAACACAGAUGUAUGAAAAUACAAAGUAAUGUGUUCAUACUGAAUCAAACCUGUUUGGGGGUCAUGUGCAGCAAAAGGAUGAAUGGGAACAUUGUGACUAAAAUGGAAAUCCCAUUUUAGAGUAUGGAUGUGUACAGUUCCACGGAAUAGCUCAGUCACUGCCGACAUCCUUCUACUCUACUUCCCUACAUCUCAGAUUAUACACGACCUUAAUUUGACAGAGUUGUGAGGCAAUCCUUUCCUUUUCCCAGGUGUUUGUUUUUGAUCAAACAAAACCACACAUUUCAGUUUGUUCCUUCGUCAGUUGCAGUUUGAAAACUGUCAAAUUUGCCACUGCAGUGUUGCUCAAAUUUCCCUAAAACUUGACAGACUCAGUUAAAUGUGAGCAGCAGUCGUACAUAAACAAUUUCAUUCAAUCGAAAUACAAUUUUCUGUGACUCUUACCUGGAAUUUAACUAAUGUGCUUAAUGUGAAGUAAUCUUGUUGUUUUUGACACGUAACAUGAGUGUUGUAAAGGUGAUCCUCUUCAGAGCUGAGUCUGAGCUGCCCACCAGUCCAACAAAUAUGGUGCAAUUAGUGGGAUUUUGCUGCUGUUCAUGAAGGUUAACCACACAAUUACUGACAAUCAUGUGUGAGUAAACACACACACAGAGGUGGUUUGUACAAUGCAAAGUUUUUAUGUGAGCCUGAACAUCCGUAGCUGCAAACCAAAGACUAUAUUUAUUGUGUCGCAUUAAGAGAGAGUGUAACACACUAUUUUUUUUACCAUGUUCGGCAAAAAGCCAAUUCAAAAUUGUGCAUUAAAACAUCAGCAGUGUUAGAAAUGCUGUGUUUGUUUCAGCCGUCCCAGAAACUAUUCUGUAUGUUGAAUAAUAUUAAGUUAAAAUGAAUGGAGUCUCUUUUUUGUCUUUAAAAUUUGACUACAUAAAACUUUGUUAUUCAUCUUGUACAUUUUUAAAUUAAUUUGAAUGUUGUCAAUAAAAGGUAUUUCAUUUGUA